CUGCCUGCGUCAUCACGUUUUCGUGCGUAGCUGCCUCCUGAAGCCUAGCAGAUCCAGCAAAAUAGAAGAUGGUAAGUCUGAAAAGACAGAAAAUAUAAGAUUUCUAGACUUAUUUGUGUUUCGUGAACUUUGCUUGUAUGUAGACGGAGGCACUAGUUUCCUUGUUAGCGUACAAUCUACCUCUAGAUCCCGGUAUAUAAAGCCUGUUGGUCUGCUAGCUAGCUCGAGAUGGAUAAACGAUCACAUGACAGCAGAAAAGGUUGAUCUGAAUAAGCAACGUACCUCAUAACACACUUUCCAUGUGUAUUCGGUUGUACUUUAAGUUUGUCAUUAUUUGUUCAUUUUUGCGAUCUGUGUGAUGAGAUUGAGCUUGCUCGAGUAGCUAGCUAACGGUAGUUCAUUUCCAUCUGAAAUUGUUAGCAAGCUACAGACACAGUAAGUAGCUAACUAGUCAGCAAUGCUAGGUAGCAGGUUGUUUAGCUACCACACCACGUCCUUUCUCAAGCUUUACACAUUGCAGCUAUCUACGUAUAUAAAUUCAGUAAUUAGAUUUUUUGUAUUUUAUGUAGAUUUAAACUUUAUGGACCUUUGUUGACAUUUUGUGUAAGUGCACCAAUCUAACGUUAGUGCUAGGUAGGGGCACUUCUUCAUCACUCACACUCUUUAGUUUUGAUAUAACCUGCAACCCACUAACAAUUAAGGCUAUUUACUAUUGUCACCUUGCUAACACUUCUUAUUUGUUUGGAAUGUUUCAUUACUUUAUUCAUCCACUUUAAAUUUAUAAUUUCAGUUUUAACUCUUUUUAUUACUUUCCAAUCUUUGACCAUGUUUCAUGUCAAUCUCUCUACACACAUCCUGCUUCCCACCCCUUACACCCACCACUCCCUGCCCACCCUCCCACCACUCCCUGCCCACCACUCCCUGCCCACCCUCCCACCACUCCCUGCCCACCACUCCCUGUCUCCAAUGAACCUCUGCGUUGUAUUCAGGCUGGUCACCGGGUAAGUGCACCGCUCUCUGUGUUGGACCUUGUCCUCUGCCUGUUCUACCUGUUCUGGAGGCUUGUUUUGCAGACUAAUGGGGGGUGCCUGUGAUAAUAAACACUCCACACCUCACUAUGCUCUGCAGGUUAGUCUUAUAAUGAUGCCCUAAUAGCAAAUGCAUCUUAAUUUACUGCAUUCAUCCACACUAACACACACAUAGAAUGCUGCCAUGCAUUCAGGUGAGGAUAUUGAGCAAUUCUAUGUUUUUUUAUCAGUAACCACGUUUCCAUCCACAGUUUUUAUGCAAGUAAAGUAGCAACUGUCAUCAAAAUUGUUAAAGGUUUUAAAACAAUUCUAAUAAAUGCAACAGAUGGACAAAUUAUAAAGAUACUACAAACGUUUAGAAUUUUUAAAAUCCAUCAGAUAUUGACAAUUAUAGCACACUACAGUUCUACUGGCACGGACAAAUAAUGAAUGGCGUUCAGAGGGAUUGUCAGAUUUCACUUUUUUUAUUCAUAGAAUGCACUCAAAUAUAAAUUGUUUAAUGGUAUUAGGUAAUAAAAAAAUGUUUUGUGUUAAAAUAAAGAAAAUUAGAUCUGCCUCAUUUGCAUAAAGACACUGGGUGUAUGUGCAUAUAUUAACAAAUUAACAAAGUAGUGGGACAGUGCUGAAACAUUUUACAUUUACAUUUUUAGUCAUUUAGCAGACACUCUUAUCCAGAGCGACUUACAGUUAGUGAGUGCAUAUAUUUUUCAUACUGGCCCCCCGUGGGAAUCGAACCCACAACCCUGGCGUUGCAAGCGCCAUGCUCUACCAACAAACAACUUGCUCUGUCUAGGCCUACCUGCACUCACCUGUGCUGUCUAGACUGCCUCAUUAAUUAAUUAAUGUUGUUGUCACGUUCUGUUGCAUAAUUCAACAAGUGUGUCAAUAGCAGGAUACCCUCGGAUUAAAAAUGAACACGCUUGGCUCUAGAUUACGCCUAUUUGUACUGAGUGUACAAAACAUUAAGUACACCUUCCUAAUAUUGAGUUGCUAAUAUAUAACUACAGGCGAAUAUAAUGAUAAAUCACCUUGUCCUAGAGAAAUGCACAUGGUUAUCAGAAUGUCAUGCCAGGGUAAGCCUACAUGAAACACAUCCCUUAUUUUGAGUGUUUCUAAAAUCCCCUAUGGGGAAAAAUGAAUAGUGGAAAAACGUUUGGAAGCAUUUCCCUGUUUGACCGCUAGGUUUUAUGGGUAUUAUGACUCCUACUGUGGUACUCUAUUAAAAAAUCACAACAGAUGCGAUGGAAACAGGAAGUUGCAGUACAAUUUUAUAAAUGCCGACAGAUAAUUUGUUCAUAUGACAUGGUGGGAACUUUUUGUGUCAGUAAAAUUAAUGAAUGCAAGAAAUGGUGUUGGAAUCCAUCAUAUCGAAGUAAACUUGGAGUCACGCGAUGAUAUGGUGUGGUCCUCCCACCACGACUUGGGAAACCAUGCAGUUUAUUAGGCUACAGAUUAAAAUAAAUGAUCAUGAACUUCACAGGGUGGUGAAAGUGCACAGUGAUGAGCUUGAUGCUCCUUAAUAAUAGCCUACAUAAUAAUGUCAUCAUGUAGGCUAUCCUACCCACACUGUAUCUGCGAGCUGUUGGCUAGAGCGCAUGUGCUAAAACCAGAGGAGGCACUUUUGCUAUUUAACACAACAGUUUUUGUGACAAAACAAUCUGUACAUUUUAUUCGGUACAUUAAAACUUUAGCGAAAAAGUGCAAUUUGUGUGCACUACGUCAUCACACUGAAUUUGAUCCGCAACAAAUCUGUUUGUUGGAAACACACCACUGGUGGAAAAAUUAGCAUUAUUUUCUUUAUGUGGAUUUUAGAAUAUUCGCGUGAAAAUCUGUCGCCAAUUGGAUGGAAACCUAGCUAGUAACCACGUUUCCAUUCAGUUUUUAUGUGUGUAAAGUCAUACUGUAUUUUUUUUUUAAAAUCACGACAGCUGUGAUGAAAACAGGACAUUUCGGUACAAUUUCAACAAUUGGAAUGAAACCUAGCUACAGUCUGUGAUCAUGGACUUUGGAUGCACUGACCCUUGUGACGUAGGAUUACUUUUCUGAUGUCUGAUUGUGGUGUGGAAAAUUCAAUAAACUUUUCUUGUUUGUCUGAAACAAGGCUUAUUUUGAUUAGUUGCGGGUCAGACAAACUGAUCUAUACGUGGGGAUAGCCUAAUUCUCCAGAAGUGGACAAGAAGCUUUAGUCCUUGACCAAAUUGGCAAAACACAAUCUUCUCUUCCAGUGCUAAUUACCAUAGAGUAUUGAUAUACUUAAGAGAACAUACAACUAUAGUAAAAUAAAAAUAAAUAAAAAAGUGAUCAUCCAACUCAACGACCAAUGUUGUGGUAUUUUUUACGAUGAAUUGAAAUUCAAUACAACAGACUUGUUGAAAAUGUGCAAGUCACAUGUUGAAUUUCAAUUAUUUUCCUGAGUUGAAUGAGCUGAAAUGGUAUAGACUCCCAACUUGAUGACACCCUCCUAAUUGACAGCCUACAUUUCGUAAGUAUGACUGAGCCCCCUCCUGUAACUGUUGCUAACAUAACUCUCCAUCCACUGUUUGAUGCCAGUUGGUCCUGGUGUUAGGUGACCUGCACAUCCCCCACCGAUGCAACACCCUACCAGCCAAGUUCAAGAAGCUGCUGGUGCCAGGCAAAAUCCAGCACAUCCUCUGUACAGGCAACCUUUGCACCAAGGAGAGCUAUGACUACCUGAAGACCCUGGCUGGGGAUGUACACAUCGUCAGGGGAGAUUUUGAUGAGGUUUUUAUAUCUGCUUCCCUUCUGCUUUAUUACAUGAUUCAUUAUCUUUAAACGUAUAGGUAAUCCUUUAAUGGGUUAGAACAGUGGAUGAACUGUAGUGUGUUUUCUGCCUUCUCUGCCCUACAGAACCUGAACUACCCUGAGCAGAAGGUGGUAACGGUGGGUCAGUUUAAGAUUGGCCUGAUCCAUGGGCACCAGGUGAUCCCCUGGGGGGACAUGGCAAGCCUGGCCCUGCUGCAGAGGCAGCUUGACGUCGACAUCCUCAUCUCUGGACACACGCACAAGUUUGAGGCCUUCGAAAACGAGAACAAGUUCUACAUCAACCCCGGCUCAGCAACUGGAGCCUACAACGCACUGGAAAGGUAAUGGCGACAUUUUUACAGAUUAAGCUGUUCACAUAUUUAUUGGGUCAUUUAGCAGGUGACUUGGUAAGUUGCUAACUGCUAGCAUUUUACUGAUAAGCAUUCCUCUCUUUUGUUUGGUUUCUCCUCAGCAACAUCAUCCCAUCCUUUGUAUUGAUGGACAUCCAAGCAUCCACAGUGGUGACGUACGUCUACCAGCUCAUCGGAGAUGAUGUCAAAGUGGAGAGGAUUGAGUACAAGAAAUCCUAAAACCAGGGCUGAAGUAGGGGUUUCUGUCAUUCACCAGGUGUAUCAUUUAAUUCCUUUCUACCUGCAGCUCCAACUACGUCACCACCAGUGCUUGACUUGGGCAGGAGCUCACCGGAGCUGAGUACCGGCACCUCAAAUGUUCUGCUACUUGAGCUCCUGUUCCUCUUAUAGAAUAUUAGCUCCAAAGUAUUGUGGAGCUACUGCACCUAAAUAUAAACAGUACCAGCACCCAAAAUGAGUACUGGAACCUAUUUCAGUCCAAGUCAAGCACUGGUCACCACAAUGCUAAUGCUGUACCAUAACUGUUUGCUCACAAGGAAAUGUAUAAUAUCGUUUAUAUUUCAUCAGCAUUUGCUUGUGUUCGACCCACCAUCUGGUGUCUGUAGAGAAUGCAAUAAGGUCA